AUGUCGGAGACUAGGAUUUACUUCCUCAUACCAGGUCAAGAGAAUCGAGGUUUCUCUUUAUUUUGUUCAAGCUUGGUAGUGGUUCUUCAAUGGAGGUUUAUCGGACUAAAGUCUCACUUCAAGGUUCGAGUUUUGACUAUUCAAAAACCAUUACAAAGAUUCCAAUGGCCAUUACAAGUUAUGUCCAAAUAUCCAUUCAAGCUUCAAAGUUCACAUUUAAAGUUCAUAAGGAUGGCAUACAAAGUACAAUUGCAUCAUUACAAGAAAUUACAACAGAACAUUUUCAUUCAUAAGUUACUUCAUGCGAAACUCCAAAUUCUAGAAAAAGGAUUCGAGCACGUCAUGUAUAAGGCUAUAAACUUGUUGCUUCUAUGUUGA